GAAUAAUCUCACGCAAGAAAUACUACCCUUCAAUUAACCAUCGAAUUCAUACGUGACGAUAAAAAACCUGAAACUAUACCGUGGCUUUAGAACGAGAUGACAAAGAUGCUGAGUGAUUUAUACGAGCUCUUCACAAAUAUAUUGGAUAUUAGAAGAUGCAGAAACAAACUAGUUGUUGCUAAAGCGGUGAAUUUGAAAAAAGAGCACUUUACUGGCUGUUUCGUCCUAAUAUACUCAAUUCCCUAAAGUUUCAAAGUUGUUUCGAAUAGCAGUACGCCAAUACUAUGGAACAGAUAGUAACAUCACUCUGAUUUAGCUGAUGGAAUUAAACAGUGAGUCAGAUCUAACGUUUUUCAAUGAUUCUGAUGAUGAUUUUCUCAAUGACGGUAUAUUCUCGGAGUUUACAUCUAAACACAUUACAAAGUCCCCUGGUUUCCACAAGUCAUCAUCUGAAGAACUUUGCUUUCAUAAAUCCCCAUUGAAAGGCACUCAUUCAACGGAAAAAAUCAUUCGUAAUUCAAGUAAAGGAACAUCCAGACAUCGUAAACUCCCUGGUCCAGCAGGUUUACUCCCAAAGCUUCAUGAACAUGGUAAUCGUCAGCGUCCUAUGAUUGGGUCAAAAUCACCCAAAAAGAAGAAAGAUGAUAAUGUAUCUAGUUUGACUGAAAGCUGUCUAUCAACAUCGUUAUCUCAGAACCAAUCAUCUUCAAGUCAAAGUGAAGAAGCUGCUUUGUUAAACAGACUACAGUCAGAAUGUGGUUCAACCAUAUGGUCGGUUGUCGAAAAAUAUUCCGUCAGAGAAAUUUUGAAAAUGAUCACUUCUAAUCAACUACCGAAAGGUAAAAUCCCAAUAAUGUGCGGUUUUCUUGAUGAAGUUGAACUAAUGCCUACGGACGCAAAAGCAUUGUUAAAAGACAAUUCAGGAGUUUUGGCUUGUACAAUCCACCGUUCAGUGAUAAAGGAAUAUAAAAACGACUUGGGUUGUUGUUCCCUACUUCUGUUGAAACAGGUCAAAUUUAUUAUUUUAAACUACUAUUUUGUUUGUAUAAGAUUUCACGUAUCGCAUUCGUUUCUUUUCUUAGAAUCUAAUGUCAUUUCACUGAUAAUAGGGAAUUACAUUCAAAAAUUGAAUUACUAAAUGCUAAUUAAGACCUGUAUAAGGCAUAAUACACUUCAACUUACUAUAUUUUAUCAGCAUUCGCUUGUGUAGAAUCUUAAAUGCAAACAGGGGCAGUCUGGUUCAGAAUUUUAGAUAUAUAUGCCAAAUUCAUGUUUUCAGAAUGUGACCACCUCACUUGUCACUACAGUGAGUAGUAUUUUCGAGAUUUUGCACUCGACAGCUAUCAUUUACUAAGUUUACGUGUCGUUUAUUAGCCAAGAACUAAGUUUGACAGUCAGGUUUUUAUUUUAUCCGGGAUUAAGUGACCUACCUAAUUUUUAUCCUACAGCUACCCAUUCCAUAAGUAACUGCUGAUUAUACUUUUUGUUGUAAUAUUUUCUGUUUGUAUCAUUUUACCAACAUAAAAUUCUUUACUGAUCCGUUGUUUUGACUUCUGAUACUCGCUUGCUCCUAUUUGUUGUGUUCAAUGGCCCGUCAAAAAUAUCACGUGAUGAAGUCAACAAACGGAUUACCGACUAGUAUGACCUUAUCCCUAUGCUAAAACAAUGGUGCGUUAACCAGCACGAGCAGCCUAGAGUCAUCUCCGAGUCCUCUGUAUAGUAGAUUCUCGCCUAUCCCAACCUGUUCAGUCCGGAACACAAAUCUCAACCUUUGCUAUGUGAAUCGUCUAUUUCAGACCUACGUAGUUUAUAUACAAACUGACCAGACCGCAUCACAUCACAGAAUGAAAAAUAAUAAUUAAACAAGAUCAAGCCAAACGUUCGCUGUGAAUAUAGGAGACUGUAGUUAAUAGAUUGGGAAUAAAUUAAGAAUGGCAAAUCGUAUGACAGUGGCCAAUAACUCAAAUCAAAGCUUAUGAUAAAAGGAAUAUAUAUGUUACUAUUUUCAGUCCAACUGGCAAAAAGUUUUAUGCCAAUAUAACUCUUCCAAAUAUUGUAAAAAUAUAUACCCCCGAAAAUACUAUUAUUACUUCAGCAUCUGGUCAUCAUACAACAGCACCUCUUUCUUCUCCAUUAUCUCUUCGAGAAGUGGAAGCUUUAGAGGAAGAUUGUUUAAGAGCUCUUUCACCACCUUCAACUCCAAUACCACAAACAAUCUCGAUAUCUCCUAUCUUAAAACCUAUCUCUUAUCGAAUACAACCACAAAUCAAUCAAUCUUCAUCUGGUUUAAAAUCAGAAUUAUCAACUACAAAAAGUUGUACGUUACAACUACGUCCAAAUGGUUUAGGUACUUUAUUAAAGUCUAAUUUAAUAUCAGUCAAUAAUCAAGUCAAACCAUCAAUCUGUGAUAAUAAUAAUAAUAAUAAUUUACAGAAAAAAGAUUAUCAACAAAUUAUAAACUCAACGACUAAUGUUACUGAUACGACUAUGACUACUACUACCCUACCUGAUUCAUUAACAGUGAAAGAUGAUCUUCUAGAAGAUGGUAAUUUCCUCUUUCCUUUAUUGUUGUCAUCAUUAUUAUGUUUAAAACUUUUUAAAAUUUCAAUUUUGUAAACUUUAUAACUACUUAGUGUAUAUU